AUGCUUAAACUUAUCGCCUUGCUCGCCGCCAUCGGUGUGGUGAAUGCUUGUAUUGGCCUUGGCGGUGGAGGUGGAGGUUGCGGUUGUGCUCCACCUCCUUCAUGCGGCUGCGGAGGCGGAGGUGGCGGAGGCGGUGGCUAUGCUGUUGCCCCACCAAUGGGUGGUGGAUACGCGGGCGGAUUCUCUGGAGUCCCAUCUGGAGGCGGUUGUGCAGCUUCGUACGGUGGCCCACCACCUCCUCAAUUCGCUCCCCAGCCCAUCCAGUCGUACGCCCCACCAGCCCCUGUAUUCCAGCAGGCUCCUGUUUCCUAUCAGGGCCCUCAACAAAUCGCUCCCGCUCAGCUGGUACAGGCUCCGAUCGGCAACUCAUACGCUGGAAGGAAG